UUUCCACCGCUUCGACACGCUCGGGCAGAAAAUUCAUCUAAGCAGCUGUACUGAACUAAUCAAAACCACUCGAAAAGGACAACAGUAACCCAUGGAUAAGAAAUUUAAGAGUAAAGCUAAAAUGAAAGGACUAAAGCCUAACAAAGAGUCGAGUACUAGGCUAGAUGUGGAUCUAUGGGAGGAAAACGAAGAUCGCUACACCACCAUCGACAUGCCGGGAUCAAAGGCACUGGGCAAGAAGGGCUGUGCAGAAGUGGUCAUCGGAGGAGGAGGAAGAGGAAACGCACCAGUAACGGGAGCAGCGGGUGGAACUCUACCUGGGGUUGUCUGUCCAGCUAAUGCAUCGGCCAUGGCCAAAGACGUCGUCUCAACACCAAAGGCAUCCAAGGCUGCACAAAUAAGCACCACCCCCACAGCGUUAAGCAUUGGUGGCUGCGCCUCUGGCACUGCUCUGGUCACCCUCGAUGCCGCGCUCGUGGAGGCUGCAGAUGCUGAGGCUGAGCCGGAGCGGGGCAAUUGGAGCGGUCGCUUCGACUUUCUGCUCUCGCUGCUGGGGUACUCCGUGGGCUUGGGAAAUGUCUGGCGCUUUCCCUAUCUUUGCUACAACAAUGGCGGAGGUGCUUUUUUGAUUCCAUUCACCAUAAUGCUGGUGAUUGCAGGACUGCCGCUAAUGUUUAUGGAACUGUCGUUUGGCCAAUACGCUGCAUUGGGACCAGUGGCCGUAUACAGGCGCUUCUGCCCUCUUUUUCGCGGCCUGGGUACUGGCAUGAUCCUGGUAUCGGCUAUCGUUAUGCUUUACUACAACCUAAUCAUUGCUUGGACCAUAUUCUAUAUGUUUGCCUCGCUGGGCACUACGCUUCCUUGGCAGAACUGCGAGCCGGCAUGGAGCACGAAACAUUGCUUCUCGUAUGUCCAGGCGGAUCAGUGCGAUGCCACCAACGGCACCUACUAUCUACGCACCUGUUACAAUUCCACCAUGGCCGAAGAAAAUAACAUCACGGCCCUGGCCCUGCAUGCGCUGAAGCGUCCACCAGCCGAGGAGUACUUCAACAAUUUUGUGCUGGGUCUGUCGUCCGGCAUCGAGGAGACUGGCAGCAUUAAGCCGUCUUUGGCGGGCUGCCUCUUCAUGGCCUGGGUGAUUGUGUUCCUCUGCCUGUGCAAGGGUGUGCAGUCCUCCGGCAAGGUUGUGUACUUCACCGCUCUCUUUCCGUACGUCGUUCUGGUCAUACUGUUUGUGCGGGGUGUAACCCUUCCCGGCGCCAGUACUGGCAUACUAUUCUAUCUGACACCCGACUGGAAGCAGCUGGCCAAUGCCCAGGUGUGGGGCGAUGCGGCUGUGCAGAUAUUCUUUGCGCUGAGUCCCUCCUGGGGUGGCCUGAUUACCCUCUCCUCCUACAACAAGUUCUCCAACAAUUGCUACAAGGACUCCAUGAUCGUGGCUUUCUGCAAUAUUGCCACCUCGUUCUUCGCUGGGCUGGUGAUCUUCUCUAUCAUUGGCUUCCUGGCUCAUGAACUGGAUGUGGAUGUGGGAAAAGUGGUUGACCAGGGUGCUGGCCUGGCAUUCAUUGUCUACCCGGAGGUCGUGACCCGUCUGCCAAUCUCCCCGAUGUGGUCGGUACUCUUCUUUGUAAUGCUUUUGACCCUGGGCCUGGACUCGCAGUUCGCUUUGAUGGAAACAGUGACCACGGCCAUUUUGGACAAGUUUCCCAACCUGCGUCACUCCAAGAUUUGGGUGGUGCUGUCGGUGGCUAUAUUUGGUUACAUCGGCGGGCUCGGCUUCACCACAAAUAGCGGGAUGUAUUGGCUCCAACUGAUGGACAAAUAUGCAGCCAAUUGGUCUGUCCUACUAAUUGCCAUCUCGGAGUGCAUUCUUAUUUCCUGGGUGUACGGAUCACAGCGUUUCCUCAACGACAUCCAGGGCAUGAUUGGCAAGCGAUCCUGGCUGUGGAACACCUUCUGGGGCAUCAUGUGGCGGUACAUAACCCCAGCUACUCUUCUGUUCAUCCUGUUCUUCAAUUGGGUGGAAUACAAGCCGGCCAAGUAUGGGCACUACGUCUAUCCCUUGUGGGCUGACACUGUGGGAUGGAUCAUCGGACUGCUGCCUGUCUUUAUUGUGUUCUUGGUAGGUUUUCAGCAGAUCUGGAAGGCGCCCAAGCACCUCAGCUUCCUGGAGCGUAUCAAGUUUCUCCUUAAGCCCACCGCCGAAUGGGGGCCGGCGGGCAGACCCUGCGUCAACCUGCAUAUCGAACGUUAUCAGACACAGAACUACGAUGGCGUGACCAAUGCACAGAUCCUGAUCCAAGGAUCCUCCGAUGUGCCAGCAUAUGAGGAUGGCGAAGCUAAUGCCAAUGCCAAUGGCAGUGGCAUUGGGAACAACACCCAAAACGGCUACUGCGACGAGGCUAUGCAACUCUGAGAGCGGGUGAAGGCAUCCUCGUCGACGGUGGUGACCGUUGAUGUGGAUGUUGAUCUCCUGCCACUGGCAACGGUUGGCAAGCUUCCAGGACCAAGCAUCUUGAAGUCCUCAGCGAAGCACAGCAGCAUUCAACAGCCGGUUGAUGAGAAUAGUAAGCACAGGAGCCAGGCUCAGACACUCACACAUGCUCAGACCAUUGCCAACAAGCAGCCAGUCGUCAUGACAGAUAAGGAAAAAGAGAGCAACCAAACUGACGAGCAAAAUUUGGUUAGCACUACCAAAGUUCUGGCUACAGGUACGAUGAGCAGCGGACGUGAAUGCAUCACCAUGUCCACAUUCGCAGGAGUAGGGGAGAAGGACUCCAAGAAAGUAAAUCCACCAACACUUAUAACUGUUGCGUCGGUCAAAGCGUCCAUGACAUCUGGUGGACCUCCCUUGAAGACUGUUGCAGCUCCUACAAAAUUCGUUGCUGCUGAGGCUGAGGCCCCCAAGGUGUCACCGACAGCAGCUAUUUCCUCUACCGUAGCUCCGAUCAAAACGACUUCAUCAGCAGCGGCGGCUGCUUGUUUAGUCUCAGCAAGGACCCCCGAGCUAGCACAGCCCAAAACAACUUCUGCUGAGGACAAGCCGAUAUCAGGGCCAACUAUAAAUCCCACUGAAACGAAACCAACCGCACCUUUGACAGCGGCUAAGCCAAAAACUACAGCUGCAUCGACAGCAAAAGUUAAUGUGGCCAGCACAACAGCAGUAAAUGCCAAAAUGAUUGAAAAUGCAUCAGCUUCAACCACUCAGAAGCCGCAAGUAGCUACCGGUAUAACUGUGACGACAAUUACCCAGACAGCUGUUUGUGUUGCCAAUGAGAGAGCGAAGGCAUCGCCAACUGCUGUCAAAGGAAUGUCGAUUUCAGUGAUUUCCACAACAGCAACUAUAGCGAAUACAACACCAAAAUCCAAAGCAGCAAAGGCUAUAACAGUAGUACCCGCUGGUACCACACCAGCAGCCACCUUUGAAGCCUCAAAGACAUCAGUGGCAGCUACUCCCACAGAAGCUAAUCCUGCAGUAAAAGCUUCUACCAAGAGCACAACAACCAAGGGAUUAUCUUCAAAGCCUACAAUAAGUGCAACAAAAGCCACGCCAGCAACUGCCAAGCUACCCGUGGGAUCGGAAACCGCCCCAAGGGAAAUAUUAUCUGUCAAACCAUCGACCACAGCUCCUCAAACAACAUGCAGCCCUGCAGCAUUUGACAUCGCAACAAAAGCAAAAAACAACAUUAAGACCACCAAACCAGGCACUGCGAAGCCAAUGGCUGCAAGUCCCACAAAGUCGACAGUCAAGCCAAUAAAGCCAAUGGCAACCAGUCCUACAAAAACAGUAAAAGGAAAGUCCACAACAUCACCUGGAACCUCUGCCAAGGCAGCCGCAUCUACAGCUGGAACCUCUGGUAAGACAGGAGCACCUACCAGUAAGGCCACUAGCAGCCACAGCAAAGCGAAAGCAAAUUUAUCAGCGGCAACUAAAUAGGCAGACGAAGUGAUCUCGUAAUCUCAUAAAACUAAAAAGAGGUAAAUGGGAUGGAAUGAAUGAAAACUGUUAAGUUCAUAAUAUAACCCAAUAUCGAAUACUAUUUUUAUAAGUACAUACAGCUAAGCAAACCAUUUUUGUUAGCCUAACGGGAAACCUAA